UUCCCUAUCUGGCACAACAGCAUCAGUGACUAGAAUUAGCGAUGUAAUGCUCAACUCACUAAAAAGUUGAAGGCAUAAAAGAUGCAAGAACAGACAAGACUAGUAAGCUUUCGCUGCAUUCAUCUUUAAGGAUCAUCCUUAACUGAGGAACAGUCACACUAAUAUGGCAGGAUUCUUUUCAAAUUGCUUCAAUUAUGAGCACAGGUAUUAUGAGACUUCUGCUCUGUGGCUUUCAGCCUCAUCUUUUUUUUUUUUCUAAAAAGAUUCCUCAAAUCACAUAAAGCUCACUAGGCAGAGAAGAAAGAAAGAAAGAGAGGUGUAUCAACAAUUGACAGAAACUAGUGAGAUGUGAGAUAACUCUGGCAGCUGGAGACAUGCACAGACAUGGGCAAGUCUAAGCACGCAGAUAAGCUGUGUUUUGCCCACACCCAGCUCAGAGACCAUAAGACUUCGGAGAGUUACAGAAGCACUGGAUCUCUGAGCAACUCCCUUCAAAAAACCUUCACGAUGUUCCUCGCUAAAGCUUUGCUGAGUGGAGCAAGUGGAAGUGGUCGUGGAGGGAGCCUUGCACGUGGUCUUGGAGGUCUCCUAACAGGAGGUGGACAUGGAGGGAAUCUUGGAGGACUUGUUGGAGGUCUUGUCAAUCUUAUAAGUGAAGCAGCAGCUCAGUAUAAUCCGGAGCCACCUCCACCUCCUCGCAAUCAUUUUACGAAUGUGGAAGCUUAUGAGAGUGAGGAGAUCAGACAGUUUCGUCGCCUUUUUGCCCAGCUGGCUGGAGAUGAUAUGGAAGUGUGUGCCACAGAGUUAAGGGACAUCCUGAACAAAGUGGUUUCCAGACAUCAAGACUUGAAGACAGAUGGCUUCAGCUUAGACACAUGCCGUAGCAUGGUAGCCGUCAUGGACAGUGAUACAAAUGGCAAACUGGGCUUUGAAGAGUUUAAGUAUCUGUGGAACAACAUCAAGAAAUGGCAAUGUGUAUACAAGCAGUAUGAUACUGAUCAGUCAGGCACUGUCGGGAGAGCUCAGCUGCCAGGCGCCUUGAAGGCUGCAGGGUUCCAUCUGAACGAACAACUCUGCCAGGUAAUUGUGCGCAGGUAUGCCGAUGAGCACGGUAGCAUGGAUUUCAACAACUUCAUUAGCUGCUUGGUACGACUGGACAGCAUGUUCCGGGCCUUCAAGUCCCUGGACCAAGAUGGAGAUGGACAGAUCAAAAUGACCAUUGAAGACUGGCUGCAGCUGACCGUGUACUCGUGAAGGCAGAGCAGAGAAGAAUAAGCUUCGUCUGGAAGAUAUACAUGGAAGGCUACACUUCUGUACUAUAGAACUGUAGUCUCUGCCUUUUUCUAAGGCAGAUGUAGCUAGUGGUAAAUAGCUCAGCUUAAAGUGCUGUGAUUCCUCUUGUGCAUGCAUUAGUCUGCUUUUCUGAAGGUUUCUGUAAGUUGCCAGUUGGACAGUCUGUCUCAGCAACUAUCUCUAGACUCUGAAGUGAGGGAAUAUGUUGAAGGAUCAAAGCUUAGUUAUUUCUUCACGUAAAGUGGCUUGUAUAUAACGAUUAUAUAAAAAGCUCGUUAAGUUUGGUGUCACUUUGUGAUGUUACUGUUCUGAUUUGUCAGCAUUCACUAAGCUGGAAUAAAGCUCUGCUCGCCUGAAGGCAAUCACUAGUGGAGUUGUGCAGUUGUUUCUA